AGUGGAGGUUCUGGUCCAAUAACAAGAAUCCUGAAUUCAAUUCGGGAUGAGCACAUCAUCCACUGUUUAUUACUCUAUGUGCGGUUCAUUUUACGGAUGCGCAUUGGACAAGACGCUUUACAUAUCAAACACACCAACAAGAUUCCAUCGUCAUGCGCCUACACAAAGUCUAUCACCGGUUCUCUGUCCUUUCCCUCACUUCACCCCCUUUUCUUCCUCAUCCAUCUUCAACCCUCUUCUCUUCUUAUUCCCCAUCUUUUCUCUCUUCCAAAAGCUGUCGAAUUUCAUCAUCAACACCGCCUUCCACCCGCAACCCUUUUCUUCAAACCAUGUCUACCUCACGAUUACACAAUCUUGUCCCUCUUGCAGCAAUCGCUACCGAAGACGCUGCUGGUCCUAAUGGGUCAACAGCUACGCCUGAAGAUGAUGAAUUAAACAGUGGAUACCGUCUUCCUCCAGCAGAGAUCAGAGAUAUUGUUGAUGCUCCACCACUUCCAGCUUUAUCGUUUUCUCCACAGAGAGAUAAAAUUUUAUUCUUAAAGCGAAGAUCCUUACCUCCAUUGUCAGAGUUGGCGAAACCAGAGGACAAGCUUGCAGGCGUUCGUAUUGAUGGGAAAUCUAAUACCUGCAGCAGGAUGUCAUUCUAUACUGGUAUUGGGAUCCAUGGUUUAAGGGAUGAUGGCACAUUAGGCCCAGAAAAAUUGAUACAUGGCUUUCCAGAUGGAUCUAAACUCAAUUUUGUUACAUGGUCAACUGAUGGUCGGCAUUUAGCCUUCAGCAUUCGGGGGCAAGAUCAGGAGGAAGAGGAUGAUGUUGGCAGCAAGCUGAGAGUCUGGGUUGCAGAUGUGGAGACAGGAAAAGCUAAACCCUUGUUUCAGUCACCGGAUGUGUUCCUGAAUGCAAUCUUUGACAAUUAUGUGUGGGUGAAUGAUUCGACUCUGUUGGUUUGUACAAUCCCAGCAUCCAGAGGAAAGCCACCAAAGAAACCGUUAGUCCCCUCUGGUCCUAAAAUCCAAUCCAAUGAGCAGAAAACUGUUGUUCAAGUUCGAACCUUCCAAGAUCUUCUUAAAGAUGAAUACGAUGAAGAUCUGUUUGAGUAUUAUGCCACCUCUCAGCUUCUUUUGGUUUCUUUAGACGGGAGUGUGAAAUUAUUUGGGGAGCCUGCUCUAUACACAUCACUUGAUCCCUCCCCUGAUCAGAAAUACAUUUUACUUACUUCGCUUCAUAGACCCUUCUCUUUUACUGUCCCAUGUGGAAGAUUUCCCAAAAAGAUUGAUCUGUGGUCUGCUGCUGAUGGAAAGAUUUUGAGGACACUUUGUGAUUUGCCUGUUGCUGAGGACAUCCCAAUUGCUUUUAACAGUGUCCGAAAAGGCAUGCGCUCCUUGAACUGGAGGGCAGAUAAGCCUUCAACUCUCUACUGGGUGGAGACACAAGAUGGAGGUGAUGCCAAAGUAGAAGUUUCUCCUCGUGACAUAGUCUACACACAGGCUGCUGAGGGUGAAGACCACCCAAACAUCUUUCAUAAGCUUGAUCUUCGCUAUGGAGGAAUAAGCUGGUGUGAUGAUUCGCUUGCAUUGAUAUAUGAAUCUUGGUACAAAACACGACGUGUAAGAACCUGGUUGGUCUCCCCUGAUAAAUCAUCCAAUGAGAAUCCUCCAGCUCCACGUCUGUUGUUUGAUAGAUCAUCUGAAGAUGUGUACUCUGACCCUGGUUCUCCCAUGCUGCGGAGAACUCCUGAUGGGACUUAUGUUAUUGCCAAGUUCAAGAAGGAGGAUAAACAAGCCACAUACCUGUUGCUAAACGGAAGUGGUGCUACCCCAGAAGGAAACAUACCUUUUCUAGAUCUGUUUGACAUAGAUACGGGUGAAAAGGAGAGAAUAUGGCACAGCGACAAGGAGAAGUAUUAUGAGAGUGUGGUGGCUCUGAUGUCGGACCAGAAGGAAGGAGAGUUGCAGAGAUGGCCGGAGAGGAAAGCAUGCCAAAUCACAAGGUUCCCGCAUCCAUACCCUCAGUUGGCUUCAUUACAGAAGGAAAUGGUGAGGUACGAGAGAAAGGAUGGAGUCCAACUGACUGCAACUUUAUACCUGCCACCCGGGUAUGACCCCACACGAGACGGGCCUCUGCCUUGUCUGGUGUGGUCGUAUCCCGGAGAGUUUAAAAACAAAGAAGCAGCUGGACAGGUUCGUGGCUCUCCUAAUGAGUUUGCAGGCAUAGGCCCAACAUCACCACUGCUUUGGCUCGCAAGGAGGUUUGCUAUAUUAUCCGGGCCAACAAUUCCCAUCAUUGGUGAGGGAAAGGAAGAAGCAAAUGAUAGGUAUGUUGAGCAGCUUGUUGCAAGUGCAGAGGCAGCAGUGGAGGAAGUCAUCCGCCGUGGGGUGGCUCAUCCAGGCAAAAUUGCAAUUGGGGGACAUUCUUAUGGGGCGUUUAUGACAGCAAAUCUGUUGGCACAUGCCCCUCAUCUUUUCAGUUGUGGCAUUGCUCGCUCAGGAGCUUACAAUAGAACACUUACACCUUUUGGGUUUCAGAAUGAGGAUAGAACCCUCUGGGAAGCCACUGAUACUUACAUCAAGAUGAGUCCUUUCAUGUCUGCCGAUAAGAUUAAGAAGCCCAUCCUGCUUAUCCAUGGAGAAGAAGACAACAACUCAGGAACACUGACAAUGCAGUCGGAUCGUUUCUUCAAUGCGUUGAAGGGGCAUGGGGCACUCUCUCGCCUAGUCAUAGGUGGCUACAGAAAUUUUGUGUUUCCAACUCUUGUGAAGAAAAAGAAGAUGCUGAUGAAACCAAAGCAACUGUUGCCUCUGGUGGUGGUGCAGUUGCAGAGAUUGAAGACAUUGGAGUUGAUACUCUUCAUUACAAUACAAGAUCAUCACUUUGACCUCUCUGGUUUGGGUCGGAGCUGACAGGGUCCAUUGUUAUUUGAAGAAAAUUGUUGGCAUGCUGUUUAGCUCUUAACAAAAACAUGAUAUGGCUGACAAUUCUUCUGCUUGAUGUUGUACAAGAUGUGAAGGGAAGGCUACUGUUGUAAUCAAUCCAUCAUAAAACAAAAACCAACUUUGUAAUAAUGUAUGUAUUUCAUAUUCUUUCGGCAAUGUGGAUUUAUCUACAUUGUUGGAUGCAAAGAUUCAAAAAGUUCAUCUAAUUGAUCCAGCUGCCGGUCAAGACAUUUCCAUCUUGAGGAUUGGUUCAGUUUGUUCACAAGUGAUGGGAAACAUCGGAUUUGUGUCGGAAGGUUCAAAGUAGCUUUUCCAUAUGAUUUUGUAGAAGCAUAAACUGGAAUGUUACUAGGGUCCAGUUGCCGGUCAGCCGGAGCUCAAAUAGUUAAGGACAUGCCAAAGCCUAGGUCCAAAGUAACAAAGCCCAUGUUAAUACAUGGCUGUAUGCAUUAUAGAUAUAACUAGAAGCUGCCAGUC